AUGGCCGUUAUGAUUACGAGUCAACCGUUGCUGGAAGUCGCGACAACCACGAUUGAAGUCAACACUACUCGGCCAGUUCAAAAUGUCGCGCCUCGUAAUAAUCCGACCACCAGACAAUUAGCUAGAAGAAGGCAACGACGACGUCAGCGACAAAGAGACCGACAACAAGACAUGAUACAUCAGCAGCGGCAGCGAGAACGACAACGCUGGACCCCCAGAUCACCACCUCGUGAUCGACCACAUACGAACUACACUCGAGGACACUGGAGGCAAGGACGUUUACAAGAAACAUUCGGGAACAGUUCGGCAAAUCAUGAUCCGAUUCGAGAAUCAAUAGAUUCUCCCACCGACGAUAUGCUGUUGGAUUCAUACAUGUACAACUUGGAAACAAUUGAUCCAAGAAAUAGAUGGGAGCAAGAACAACUGUAUGAAUUCGAAGGCUUUGUCGUUCUUGAGCACCUCCAAUUUCUGAGCGAUCAAACAGAACAACAGGAGAAUAUCAACGCCGAAGAACGAUUCGCACAAACCAAACUGGAAGAACAAAACGAUCAAGAGCUUCUCCAGCUCGAACAGAACGAACGCAUAGAUUUUCUUCUCCUUCAGAUGAAUCAACCACUAUUGUACGAAUAA